AUUUUGAUGCAUACCAAGGAGAUGGUGCAAAAGAUGAACCUUGAAGUGAUUUAUGGAGACACAGAUUCCAUUAUGAUAAACACUAAUAGCACCAAUUUGGAUGAGGUCUUCAAGCUGGGGAACAAGAUCAAAAGUGAAGUGAACAAGCUCUAUAAAUUGUUGGAAAUCGAUAUUGAUGGAGUCUUUAAGUCCUUGCUACUGUUAAAGAAGAAGAAAUAUGCUGCUCUGACUGUGGAACCAACAGGAGAUGGGAAAUAUGUAACUAAACAAGAACUGAAAGGAUUGGAUAUAGUCCGAAGAGACUGGUGUGAUCUUGCAAAAGAGACUGGAAACUAUAUAAUCGGUCAGAUUCUUUCUGAUCAGCCUCGCGACAUAAUUGUGGAAAAUAUUCAAAGGCGGCUUAUACAAAUUGGAGAAAAUGUGAUCAGCGGUCAGAUCCCAGUAAAUCAGUUUGAAAUAAACAAGGCAUUGACAAAAGAUCCACAGGAUUAUCCUGACAAAAAAAGCUUGCCACAUGUGCAUGUUGCCAUGUGGAUAAACUCUCAAGGAGGCCGAAAGAUGAAGGCAGGAGACACAGUGUCAUAUAUAAUUUGUCAGGAUGGAUCAGAUCUCAGUGCCAGCCAGCGAGCAUAUGCUCCAGAACAGUUGCAAAAGCAAGACAAUCUUACUAUUGAUACUCAGUACUACCUGUCACAGCAAAUACAUCCAGUAGUUGCUAGAAUAUGUGAGCCCAUAGAGGGAAUUGAUUCAGUUCUUAUCGCAACGUGGUUAGGACUGGAUCCUUCCCAAUUCAGAGUCCAUCACCAUUACCAUAAAGAUGAGGAGAAUGAUGCCUUGGUUGGUGGCCCAGCUCAGCUCACUGAUGAGGAGAAAUACAGGGAUUGUGAAAGAUUCAAGUUUUGCUGCCUCAGAUGUGGAACAGAAAAUAUUUAUGACAAUGUCUUUGAUGGUUCGGGGCGAUUUAUUGAACCCAGCUUGCAAAGGUGCAGUAAGACUGAAUGUGAAGAGCCUCCUUUCAGCUAUGUGAUUCAAAUGAACAACAAAUUACUGUUGGAUAUUAGACGCUACCUCAGAAAGUACUAUAAU